CUCCGAUCCAGUUCCCCAUCCACAUCCCACGCAAAGCAGAACGCCAUGUUCCAACCCCGUCUCCUAGCGCCCCUCCGGGCCCUAGAACGAGGCCUCCCGACCCUCCGCAAAGCCCACCACAGCACCACAGCCACGGCCUCUCUCCUCCGGCCCCGGACCACCAUCACCUCCAUCCCAACAACCAGAACCACAACAACCUCCCUCCUCACCUCCGCCCGCACCACCCCCUCGAUCUCGAUAACCUCCUUCCCCCUGCAACCAGCCUCCAUCUCCCUCUCUCAAAUCCAGAUCCGCCACGCCUCGCACGCCACCCAAGGUGCCGCCAACCGCCACUCCCGCGAUCCGGCCGGAAAACGCCUCGGCGCGAAGCGCGCCGGCGGCGAAUACGUGGUGCCCGGAUGCAUCAUCUUCAAGCAGCGCGGCACGAAAUGGUUCCCCGGCGAGAACUGCGCCAUGGGCCGCGACCACACCAUCUACGCGAGUGAGGCCGGCUAUGUGCGGUAUUACCUGGAUAAGGAGCGGCAUCCGGAUCGGAAGUUUAUUGGGGUCGUGUUUGAGAAGGAGGGUGUGCUGCCCGUGCCGAGGAAUGCGCCCACUCGGAGGAGAUUGGGGAGGGUGGCGGUGAAGUUUGAGCCCGAGCUGGAAGUCCAGGGUGAGAGUACUGGGAAGACGGGGGAUCUGGUGGCCGAGGUGAAUGUGGGUGCCCAGGGUGAGGGCGAGGGUGUGGUUGUGGGGAGUGUCGAGGCGGAGAAGGCCGGUGAUGGGUUGCAGCUUCGUCCGGGUUAUAUGUAUCGUGAGGCGAAUUGGGUGAUUGGAAGAGCCGCGGAGAAGGCGGGCAUCACGGCCAAGCCAUUUGAUCGGGGUAAUCGGUGGUUGGCGUGGAGGAAGAGACAGGCUAGGGCUGAUAAGGCGGCCCAGUUGAAGAGUUUGAAGGGUAAGAAGAAGAAGAAGGGUGGGAAAUAGAGUAUGAUAGAGGAGAUGGGGUGAGCUGUCUGUUGGCAAGGUUCGGAUCUGCUAUGUAUGACCUUGUUGUGAUAUUGUUAUGGGUUUUAGGAUGUUUCUCUGUCAGUUGUAUGUAUGUAUGUAUUAUAAGAUAAGACGUUUACUACUACUCUCUUUCGUUGGACGUGCAUGGACAAUAUGGGAGGCAAUCGUAGAAGCAAGCUAU